AUGCCUGGAGGCUCCCAUCAAGGGGAAUACCAAAGGAAACUUUAUAGAGAACUGCUAAGAAAUUACAAUCGUCUAGAAAGACCCGUAGUGAAUGACUCACAGCCCUUACUUGUAGAGCUACAGCUUUCCCUUCUACAAAUAAUAGAUGUGGAUGAAAAGAACCAAGUUCUGAUUACAAAUGCGUGGCUACAAAUUUACUGGAAUGACUUCUAUUUGACAUGGGACCAAGCAGAGUAUCCUGGAGUGCAAACUCUUCGUUUUCCUUCUGAUCAAAUCUGGGUUCCUGAUAUUCUGUUAUACAACAGUGCAGAUGAAAGAUUUGAUGCAACUUUUCAUACCAAUGUCUUGGUGAAUUCCUCAGGAGCCUGUCAAUACAUUCCUCCAGGUAUUUUGAAGAGCACAUGUUACAUUGACGUUCGAUGGUUUCCUUUUGACGUUCAAAAGUGCAAGCUAAAAUUUGGAUCUUGGACCCAUAAUGGCUGGCUACUUGAUCUACAAAUGUUAGACGCAGAUAUUUCCAAUUAUAUUUCUAAUGGAGAAUGGGAUUUAGUAGAUGUACCAGGCAAAAGGAAUGAAUUGUACUAUGACUGCUGUAAAGAGCCAUACCCAGAUGUGACAUACACAGUGACAAUGCGCAGACGUACAUUAUACUAUGGAUUAAAUUUAUUGAUACCUUGCGUUCUUAUAUCUGGAUUAGCGCUGCUGGUGUUCCUGCUGCCUGCUGAUUCAGGAGAAAAGAUAUCACUGGGGAUUACUGUGCUUCUGUCGCUUACCGUCUUCAUGUUACUUGUGGCAGAGAUUAUGCCCGCAACAUCAGAUUCAGUUCCUCUAAUAGCUCAGUAUUUUGCAAGUAUUAUGGUGAUUGUUGGACUCUCUGUGGUUGUUACAGUGCUGGUACUGCAAUUUCACCAUCAUGACCCCCAAGCAGGAAAAAUGCCUAAAUGGGUAAGGGUGAUCUUGCUCAACUGGUGCGCAUGGUUUUUAAGGAUGAGAAAACCAGGAGAAAAUAGAAGGCCAAUACCUUGUAAGUAUAUAUACCCAAACCACCAUUCCAGUAUGAGCAGCAUCGAAAUGAACAUUGUAUCUGGGCACCAAUCCACCAAUGGCAACAUUCUUUACUGUGGUUACCACAACCUGGAGAGUCCGUGCUGUCCACCUAACAGUGACUCCGGGGUUAUGUGUGGAAGAGUAACCUGCCCUUCUCUGGAAGACAGUGAUCUUGUCCAGAAGAAAUGUUUGAGAGAGUGUAUGCCAGAAAUAACCAAGAUAUUAGAGGAGGUACAGUAUAUUGCCAGGCGCUUCAGAGAACAAGAUGAAGGAGAAGAGAUAUGCAGUGAAUGGAAGUUCGCAGCUGCAGUCAUUGAUCGUUUGUGUCUUGUAGCAUUCUCGCUUUUUGCCAUUAUCUGUACAAUUGCAAUCUUGAUGUCAGCACCGAACUUCAUAGAAGCUGUUUCCAAGGACUUUACAUAA